UUUCAUAAAGGAACCUGUUGUUUUCCUCCUAAAGAAAUAGAUCGUUGCGUUUGUGGAUACUUUUGGGGAACCAUAUAAAGCUACUAGCAUGAUGUCAUACCUCAAACAGCCCCCCUAUGGCAUGAAUGGCUUGGGGCUGACAGGGCCUGCUAUGGAUUUACUGCAUCCAGGGGUGGGGUACCCAGCUACCCCCAGGAAACAGCGGAGAGAGCGCACCACCUUCACCCGCUCCCAGCUGGAUGUGCUGGAGGCUCUGUUUGCCAAGACUCGCUACCCAGACAUCUUCAUGAGGGAGGAGGUGGCACUGAAGAUUAACCUACCUGAAUCCAGAGUACAGGUCUGGUUUAAGAACCGCAGGGCUAAGUGCAGGCAACAGCAACAGCAGCAACAGAGCAGCGCCGCGGGGGUGAAGAGUCGGCCGACUAAAAAGAAAUGCAGUCCUGCGCGGGAGAGCUCUGGUUCCGAGAGCAGCGGCCAAUUCACCCCACCUGCAGUGACUAGUUCAGGAUCAUCCUCUUCAUCAUCCUCUAGCUCCAAUUCCUCUGGUAAUCCUGGUCUGGGUAAUUCUGUGCCUUCCUUGAAUGGUAGCACUUCGGCAACUUCUUCAAUAUGGAGCCCAGCAUCCAUUUCUCCUGGUAAUGCACCGGCCUCCUCUGCAGACCCAUUGGGCCCAAGUUCUGCCUCUUGCAUGCAGCGUUCAGGCUCCUCAUCUGCAACAUCCUAUCCCAUGUCCUACAGUCAGGCUGCAGGAUACACACAGGGGUACCCUGCCCCCUCCUCCUCUUACUUUGGGGGUGUGGAUUGCAGCUCAUACUUGGCUCCCAUGCACUCCCAUCAUCACCCCCACCAGCUCAGCCCCAUGACCCCCUCCUCUAUGUCCAGUCACCACCACCACCAUCAUCACCUGAGCCAAAGUUCUAGCCAUCACCACCACCACCAUCACCAGGGCUAUGCCAGUUCAGGACUGCCCUUCAACUCUUCUGACUGUCUGGACUACAAGGACCAAGCAGCUGCGGCCUCUUCUUGGAAACUCAACUUCAAUUCCACGGAUUGUCUAGACUACAAAGAUCAGGCCUCAUGGAGGUUCCAGGUCUUGUGA